AGCUUUCUUCAGGUUGAGAAGGGCAUUACACUGGGGGGUUUUCGUCUUCAGAGGCACAUGGACUUGUACAUAAGUGAAACGGUUUUUUCCAAGACCAGUAGAUAGAAACUCCGCAUUGCUGAAACUAUUUUUUGACAACUUCCACUGUUAAAUCAGAUCGGAAGGCAGAAAUCCGAAGCGGACCCGAAGGACUUGCACGACUCGGGCUUUCUCUCCGGCGUCAACAUUCAAUCGGAGACGUUCGCUUCUGGCGAGAUCACACCUCCCGGAAACGCGGAAAGACAAAAUCCAGAACAGACCCAGCUGGAUAGAGAAUGCGAGUUUAAGAAAGAAGCCUACAUGAGGAUCGACAGCGGUGUAGACGUCGGUUUGUCCGACCAAUUGAGCGAUUUGAACAUAGAAGAUCAGAACGAUCUGGACAAACCGACCACGACGAGAGGCAGGAAAGAUGACACUCCGCCCUGGAAGCUCUACUUCCAGCAAGACGACGAAGGCGAUACGCAACUGCAUGUGGCGAUUAUUCAAGGCUCUGUCGAGGUUGCGUUUAGCUUAAUAAGGAUGGUACCGAGCCCACUCUAUUUGGACUUGAGGAAUGAUGUUACCCAGACUGCACUCCAUCUCGCAGUGCUCACUUCGCAACCGAGGAUAGUGAGGAGGCUAGUCUGUGCUGGUGCCAACACGAGGAUCGUCGAUAAGAGCGGCAACACGCCACUCCACUUGGCCACUGCAUGUGGAGAUCUUCUCUGCGUCCGAGCUCUCACUGAGCAGGUGACAGUGGCCGAGGUCUCCGCUGCACAGCUGCGAUACGUCCCGGAACCGAGGCAGCCUCAUCCUCCAGAAUUGGACGUCUUCAAUUACGAUGGGCUGUCCUGCAUUCAUAUAGCACUCCUGGCGAGGGAGUUAGUUAUAAUGAAACACCUUGUUGGUUUUGGCGCAGAUAUUGAUGCAAGAGAAUAUAAAAGUGGAAGGACUUGCCUCCAUUUGGCAGUCGAACUCGGGGAUGAGAAACUUGCAUCGGUGUUGCUUCAGGACUUACGGGCAGAUCCACAGGUGUCGAAUUAUGCCGGAGAAACCCCGUAUCAGUCAGCAAGAAGGAACUCUUCAUUUUUGCAAGCGCUUGUCGCAGCGGGAGCGCCAGAAGAAGAUGAAUAUUUCUCCUCGGAAGAAAGCGAUGAUGAUGACCCUGACAUGAUGUCUUAUGAUGCAGGCUAUAGAAGUAAUGGAGUUUUUGUGGAUGCCACUGCCUAAUUUUUUAAUUGUCAAAAAAAAACUAAGUGUACAAAUAAAUAUUAAAUUACAGUAUAGGGAAUUGUAUAAAAGACAAUAAUAUGUAUAUAGUGAUUUAUAUCCAAAUGAUCACUUUUUAUUUAUUUAUACAAUGUAUAUUUUUAUGUAUAUCGGUAUGAUGCCACUCUGCUGGCCAAUUUUGAUGGAGGAAAGAACACUGAAAUUUGAAUUUGAUUUGACAUGAAUCAGGUCAAGGGCUCAGAGAAGAGAGUCUAGUCAAUGUUCAAAUGAAGUUGGAUAAAUAUUUUUUUGGAGUGAAACAGCUCAUAUAAUUACUAUAAUUGUGUAUUAACCAAUUUGUUAUUUUUAAUUAAUGGAAAUAAUUGAAAUUGUAACUUUGAUAUUGUGUCAUAUUUUUAUGAAAAGUAUAAUGUAACGUGAAAUAAAAAAGAAAUUCU